CCCGCAAUGUCACCUGAAUCCAGACGACCAGAUGAGAACGCAGAAGAGGAUGAGUACGAGGAAGAAGUUUCAUACGUCACCCUGGACUUUGGGUCAAAUCCAUUGAGUAUCGACCAGAUUAAGGAGUACCAGCUCAUUGGUCUGGACUCCAAGACGCCUGUCAUCCGCCUGGGACAGAAUAUCUACCGAGGGACUUGGAAUGAGUUGCUCGGCACGGAAAUCAUAUUGGAGAAGGCAGGAGACACUUCACGAGUUGUAGGACUUUCGAAAGAUCGUCUUUUGAUGGAACAAGUUCAGUUAAAGCCCAAGGAACAACCGAUACCCGAGCAAGCCUCAGCACCACAACCUGUACCAUCAACCUCGUCUGUACAGGAACAUGCAAUGGCUUCGACUGCAGUAGGAUAUUUACAAAAUGCGGCGACGAACGGCGGUGGUACCUAUGGUGGAGAGGGACAAGAUGUGAUGGACACCACCUAA